AUGGUCAAUAAUGCGGGUCGAGACGCACAGGUUGCAUCGAGACGUGGACGUGUCCGAGAGAGUCCCCCUCGACCUCUUAGUUCUCAGAAUGAACACCGGAGUGGAAGUGAGGUGAGCUCCCGUGACAAAUCCAUCUCACAAGUCAUCUGCAAUUCUGGCAGCGCUGCACGUCCACGGCAUGGACCUCUUUUCCCUGUGAUCUCCACCGGCACUCCUUCGGCACUCGAUAGUCCCAUUCCAGCGAUUCCACUCCACGACCCACCACCGGUUCGUGACUCCACACCCCCGAGCCCUACGAGAAGGCCGGAAGAGAGUGCAGUUUGGUCUCCCAACCUCCGAGAAGAAGAACAAAAGAAAAAGGUCCUCGGAAUCUCGUGCGCUCCAGAUCACAAAUCGGAGAGAUUGCUCCCGAUGAAGUGGACGACAGAUGAGCAUCAAGAGGAAGAGAAUGAGGUAGAGAUUCUGGUCCACGUCUCCGCCCCCAGUACCGCCCGCGAUGACGCUCGAUACAGAGCGCAAGUGGCCGCCAUACGCGCCUUGAAAUCCGUUUCGCAUCCAGGCCUGAUCCCUCACCGUGAUCUGCGUGGCAGGGAAGGAGAAUCAUCAGCGGUGAUUGGAGCACAUCCGAGCAGCGGCACUUUGCGUGCGACCCGCCAGGUCAAGGGGAAGUUUGUUUCCGGACCAUCAGACCUAUCGCUCGAGUCGGCAAGAAAGGCAAAUCCCAUCCCGGCAAGUCUCGAAAAUGAGGCAAAGCAGAUGAUCCGCGAGCCUCAAAGGGAUCGGGGUCUCUCUGCACGGCCCGACCAUGCUGUUCCGCCCGUCGCCAAGGUCUCGUCGCAUGGCGUGAACGAGCGCUCCCCAGCAGGCGUGGUGGCUGCGAGCAAUCGCACCGACAAGGUCGGAGCGCAGACCACGACGGCUACUGCCGCAAGGAUUGCCAAUUCCACGCCACAGCGCGAGGAUCGUCCGUCGAUCGGCGCUGGUCGAAUGGAGAGAAAUCAAAUCAGGCUCGGGCCGCUGACCACCGCAAUCAGGCCCGCAUCGCCCUCGUCAGAUCAGAUGCGGGAUCUGCAGGGGAAGAAGGAGAAGCAGAAGCAGAAGGAGGAGACGAUCGAUCUCGAUUCCGAGUCUCAAUCCCGAAGGGACGCCCACGGCCAUCGAGCAGCCAGUCCAUUCGACAACAAAGUGCGCAGACUCUCCUCGCCGUCGCCAUCGCCAUCGCCAUCGCCAUCGCCGUCCGCGAUCCACGGCCGAGAGAAUUCACCGGCGCGAUCAGUCAAGCGGCGACGGGUCGAAGCAACCGAGGCUCGGCCCGCGCAGGAUCAUGCAUUCAGCAACGGGGCGUCUGCAUUCAAAAUGACCACAAACACUCCAACUGUCGCCUCGUCUCCCCUCCGGGCCCAUCAUGCUGAUGCAACGCUCGCUUCUCCGAAUGAAACUUGCCCCGUUCUACUCCCAACGAAGCAAUCCAGACUGGACCCUCGUCCUCCUCCUCAUCCCCAUACCCAGUCGCAAUCCAAUCGAGCACACAGCCACUCUCGAUUCAUCUCCACGAAUCUCCCCCGAAACACCGACCAACCCAGUGCCUCCUUGCCUCUCUCCCACUCACCAUUCAACCUCCUCCCCCACCAAUCUCCAACUCCCCCUUCACCACACACAUCACGCCCACUCUGGCCAUGCUCACAGAACGACUCAAUCCAGCCCGUACCUAUCAGCCUCUUCAUCAAGCGCGCGACCUCGACCCCCUCGAGCGUGGAUACUGGCUGA